GGCCGGGCGGGCCGGGCUGGAUGUACGUGCGCUCGCGCUCGCGCAAAUACGGCGGAGGAGCUGGAGGAGCUCGGGGCCUUUUCCGAGACGCCGGCCGAGUUGGGCUCAGUCCGGGGCGAGCGCGCGCGCGGCCGGGUCUGCGCUCCUCGCUCCUCGCAGGGCGGGCGCCGCGCCCCGGCGGCGGCGACCCCGGCCCGGGCCCCGCCACCACCACCACCGCCACCACCAUGGGCUUCGAGCUGGACCGCUUCGACGGCGACGUGGACCCGGACCUCAAGUGCGCGCUGUGCGGGAAGGUGCUGGAGGACCCGCUGACCACGCCGUGCGGCCACGUCUUCUGCGCGGGCUGCGUGCUGCCCUGGGUGGUGCAGGAGGGCAGCUGCCCCGCGCGCUGCCGCGGCCGCCUGUCCGCCAAGGAGCUCAACCACGUCCUGCCGCUCAAGCACCUCAUCCUCAAGCUGGACAUCAAGUGCGCGCACGCGGCGCGGGGCUGCGGCCGGGUGGUGCAGCUGCAGGCGCUGCCCGCGCACCUGGAGCGCUGCGACUUCGCGCCCGUGCGCUGCCGCCACGCGGGCUGCGGCCAGGUGCUGCCGCGCGGGGACCUGGAGGCGCACAUGCGGGACGCGUGCGACGCCAGGCCCGUGGGCCGCUGCCAGGAGGGCUGCGGGCUGCCGCUGACCCGCGGGGAGCUGCGCGCCGGCGGCCACUGCUGCGCGCGGGCCCUGCGGGCGCACAACGGCGCGCUGCAGGCCCGGCUGGCCGCGCUGCACAAGGCGCUCAAGAAGGAGGCGCUGCGCGCGGGCAAGCGGGAGAAGGCGCUGGCGGCGCAGCUGGCCGCGGCGCAGCUGGAGCUGCAGAUGACCGCCCUGCGCUACCAGAAGAAGUUCACCGAGUACAGCGCGCGCCUCGACUCGCUCAGCCGCUGCGUGGCCGCGCCGGCUGGCGGCAAGGGCGAAGAGACCAAAAGCCUGACCCUGGUCCUGCACCGCGACGCAGGCUCCCUCGGCUUCAACAUCAUCGGGGGCCGGCCGUGUGCGGACCACCAGGACGGCUCGUCCAGCGAAGGCAUCUUCGUGUCCAGGAUCGUGGACAGCGGGCCGGCGGCCAAGGACGGGGGCCUGCAGAUCCACGACCGCAUCGUGGAGGUCAACGGCAAAGACCUGUCCCGGGCGACCCAUGACCAGGCGGUGGAGGCGUUCCGGACGGCCAAGGAGCCCAUCGUGGUGCAGGUGCUGCGGCGGACGCCGCGGGCCAGGGCCUUCCCGGCGCCGUCCGAGGCGCAGCUGGUGGACGCGGGCACCCAGACCGACAUCACCUUCGAGCACAUCAUGGCCCUCGCCAAGCUGUCGCCGCCCAGCCCGCCCGCGCUGGGGCCCUACCUCCUGCCCGAGGAGCACCCCUCGGCCCAUGAGUACUACGACCCCAGCGACUACCUGGGCGGCGCCCACCAGGACCUGGACAGGGAGGAGCUGGAGCUGGAGGAGGUGGACCUGUACCGCGCCAACAGCCAGGACAAGCUGGGCCUCACCGUGUGCUACCGCACGGACGACGAGGAGGACCUUGGCAUCUACAUAAGUGAGAUCGACCCCAACAGCAUCGCGGCCCAGGACGGCCGCAUCCAGGAAGGCGACCGCAUCAUCCAGAUAAACGGGAUAGAGGUGCGCAACCGCGAGGAGGCCGUGGCCCUGCUAACCAGCGAGGAGAACAAGAACUUCUCCCUGCUCAUCGCAAGGCCCGAGCUCCAGCUGGACGAGGGCUGGAUGGACGACGACAGGAACGACUUUCUGGACGACCUGCACAUGGACAUGCUGGAGGAGCAGCACCACCAGGCCAUGCAGUUCACGGCCAGCGCGCUGCAGCAAAAGAAGCACGAGGAAGACGGGGGCACCACGGACACCGCCACCAUCCUGUCCACCCAGCACGAGAAGGACAGCGGCGUGGGCCGCACGGACGAGAGCACACGCAACGACGAGAGCUCGGAGCCGGAGAACAACGGCGACGAGGCACCCGCGCCGGCCGCGCUGGCCGCGCCGAGGACCCGCGCGGGCAGCCAGGACACGCUGGGCAGCGGCGACCUGCCCUUCAGCGGCGAGUCCUUGCUCUGGGCCGACUGCGCCGACGACGACGCGGAGUGCGAGAGCUUCCGCCAGCUGCUGGAGCUCAAGUGCCCGGCGGGGCGCGCGGACCCCGGGGAGCCCAUGCGGCUGCUGGACGCCGAGCUGCUGGAGCUCCGGUGCCCGGCGGGGCGGGGCGCGGGCAGGGGCGCCCCCGAGAGCGUGGACCGGGAGCUGGAGCUGCUCAACGCCGAGCUGCGCAGCAUCGAGCUCGAGUGCCUGAGCGUCGUGCGCGCGCACCGGGCCCGGCAGCUGCGCGAGGCCUGGACGCUGCCGCCCCCCGGGGGCUUCCGCGGCUGCGGCGACGCCAUGGAGGCCGAGGGCGGGCGCCGCCGCCAGGAGCUCUCCGACAUCACCGAGCUCCCCGAGAAGUCGGACAAGGACAGCUCGAGCGCCUACAACACCGGGGAGAGCUGCCGGAGCACCCCUCUCGCCCUGGACACGUCCCCCGACAGCUCCCUGCGGAGAGGGGGGGCCGAGGCGGCGACCCCAGGGGCCUGCGGGCCAUCGCCGGAGAGCCCGCUCUGCAUCACGGAGGAGGCGGACCUGCGCGGGGCCCCGCCGAGCCCGGAGCCCCGCCGCCGCAGCCCAGGGGAGGACGGCCCCAGCCCCAGCCCCGCACCCCCCGCGCCCGCGCCCCACAAGCUGGCCCACAUCCCGGCGCACGCGCGGCGCUACCGCAGCUACAUGCAGCUGGUGCAGCAGAAGUCGGCGGUGGAGUACGCGCACAGCCAGGUGAGCCUGCUGGGCGUGUGCAAGGACCUGGGCCCCCCGCCCGAGCCCCGGGCCACCGAGUGGAAGGUGAAGGUGCGCAGCGACGGCUCCCGCUACAUCACCAAGAGGCCCGUGCGCGACCGGCUGCUGCGGGAGCGCGCGCUGCGCAUCCGCGAGGAGCGCAGCGGGGUCACCACGGAUGACGACGCGGCCAGCGACCUGAAGCUGGGCCGCUACUGGAGCCGCGAGGAGCGCAAGCAGCACGUGGCGCGCGCCCGGGAGCAGCGGCGGCGGCGGGCGCUCCUGCUGCAGAGCCGGCUGGACGGGCCCGCCCGCGGGGAGCAGCCCGCUACAGCCACAGAGGAGGACAGGAGGGGGGUGAGCAUCCUGGAGCUGAGCCACAAGAAGAUGAUGAAGAGGAGGAACAAGAAGAUCCUGGACAACUGGAUGACCAUCCAGGAGCUCCUGACCCACGGCACCAAGUCCCCGGACGGCACCAGGGUGUACAAUUCCUUCCUCUCCGUGACGACUGUCUAAGCGGCCUGGAUAUAAGACGGCGCUACCGUUGGCGGUAGAAAACCCUGCCUCGUUCAAGGCGGCAAGUCUCUGUGUGUCAGAUGACAAGGUCAUGUGUACAGUCCACCUCUACCCUUCCAGGGGGCAGGGCGCUAUUUGAAAGUGGAGAAAAGCCGCCCAGAACUGCUAUCUCUGGAGGCAAUCUGGACAAGCAGGGCCUUGCUCAGCUAGCAGGGCUGCUUUUUUACUUGUGACCUUUUGCAGAAAGUGCUUCAAUUUCAAAAAGGUCUUUUGGAGCAUCCUUCCAUGGGAGAAUGUGUUCAAACUAUAUUCACAUGGGAGAAGUUACACUUGCUUUUUUUUUUUCCUGCCGAGAAUACAACUACCAUUGUGUAUUUUUUAACGGAAUCCUGUUUUAUAACGUUCCUUUCCUGAAUGUGUGUCUUAGGAGUGACCAUUAAUAUAUGAUUUAGGUCAGGGCCUCAGCUCAAAACCACCCAACCAGUUAAUGGUUGAAUACACGUAACCAAACCGCCGUGUUUAAAUGUAUGUUUCACAGCUGUACACAUGUUUCUGGUUCAAGUUCCCAGGCAGGCGUCGAGGUGUAAGCAGAAAGCUGAGGAUGGAGCAGCCACCCAGGAGUGCAGAGCACGUGUGCAAAUAGCGCAGCCGGUGGGUCCGAGGUGCGCCCACAGGGGGCGUCGCGAGCGGAGACGGUGUGUGGACAGUGUAAGCGCUCUCCUCGCUGACCUUUCUCUGUGUAGAUGCGAAGGGACGGGCUCUUUUUACAGGCAGAGUUCACAACGUUGUGCAUACUCACGAACAUUAAAGAAAAUGAAGUUGAAAUAAAUUAUUUUCUAUUUGA